AACUUCCGGUUGUUAAAACUGCGAACUGUUGAUUAUGAAUCACUGAAAUAUUUGUCAAAGAGUCACAUAAAAGCGUAGACAAGAAGAAUUCUAUCAUUGCUUGAAAUUCUUAUAUACCGAGGAUUGAAAUGAGUGCCAAUUUUGAAGCGAUCAAGGGAUUGAUUUCUUAGAGAUAUGUGAAAAGAAGAACGAGAGUUGUGAAGUAUUUUAGCUGUGGAUUCAGCCGUUUACAGUCAUGAUUUAGCCCUGUCCGUUCUGCUCAAGUCAGAUAAAGUUAUGCUGGGUUUAAGCGGCCUAUCUAAAGUACAGAGACUUGUACUGGGCAUUGUGGUGCUGCUCAUUGUGGAUCUAAUAUGGGUAGCAUCAUCAGAGUUGACAGAGUACAUAUUCAAGAACACAGAUUUCAAGAAGCCGUUCUUUACGUCGUACUUCAAGACCGCCAUGUUUGUUGUUUACUUGUCCGGCUUCAUACUAUGGCGACCUUGGCGAGAGCAGUGCAGGCGGGGGUCAAAGAAAACGGUCGAGGAACACCAUAUUGAGAGUCCUCCAGCGGUGGAUAAUAUGUUGGGUGAUCCAAUAUAUGUGCCUGUGAAGAAUGAAGACAAAAAUAGCGGUACUGAAUCCGAUGAUGCAGGCAGUAUUUCAUCAAACAAGUCUGUCAGAUUCAACAACCUAUCAGAAGUACGACAGCUAUCUGAAACCUAUGCAGAGGAACAUUUAUUGGCGCGGCUGUCGUACCAGGCGUCUCUGCGGGCCGAGGAGGCUAGGAUCCGAUCUAUGAGCAAACUGACAAUACGUCAGGUUAUCAAGUUAUCUGUAUUUUUCUGUGUCUUGUGGUUUUUUGCCCAGUAUUUUUAUCAGAAGGCCCUUGUCGAGACAGAGGCUGGUAUGGUCAAUGUGUUGUCGUCGACGUCGGGACUCUUUACUCUUGUCUGUGCAGCUGUUUACCCAAGUUCAGGAGCAGACAAGUUUACGCUGUCCAAAUUAGUAUCUGUUUUAGUCAGUAUUGCAGGUGUGGUGCUAGUGAGUAUAUCCGAUAUCAAACUGGAGAAUGGCAUUCCAGCGGGUGCACUGUGGGCCCUUGGAAGUGCGAUAUGCUAUGCCCUGUACCUCGUGUCGCUGAGGAGGAAAGUUGACCACGAGGAUAAGAUGGAUAUUCCCAUGUUUUUCGGCUUUGUGGGUCUAUUCUGUACACUCCUCUUGUGGCCUGGCUUCUUCAUCAUACACUAUUCCAAGUCGGAGGUGUUUGAGUGGCCUGACAAGAAACAGUGGCUGCUGAUAGCUGUCAACGGCCUUGUGGGAACAGUCUUCUCCGAGUUCCUGUGGCUGUGGGGCUGUUUUCUGACGUCAUCUCUCAUUGCAACCCUUGCCUUAAGUCUCACAAUACCUCUCACCAUGAUGGCCGACGUGAUCAUGAAAGGGGUUCAAUACUCCUGGAUGUUCUACCUGGGAUCUGUGCCUGUCUUUGUUGCGUUCUUUGCUGUUAGCUUUUUAACCCACUAUGAGAACUGGGAUCCGGUUCUCAUUGCUGUCAAAAAACUUAUACACUGCCUCUGCCGGCGCAGACUAAAAUCAAGGACACGUGAGUUGGAUCGUGAACAAACAGAGAGUUUGAUUGGAGUGUCUGACGUCAUGCAGUGAAUUCAAUAUACAGCAUCUUUUUCUCCAAAUAAUUUUGUACAUCAGGCAUAUUGUGAUAUUGUCUUCUGAGCAUUCAAACAGAACCAGGGUGCAAGUGUUCCUCAUUCAUGACUGUCUUUCCUCCACUGUUUAUUCAUACACUAUACAGACUGUUUGUACAAUCAUUUCAUUGGGCCCUAACCUGCUAGGUGUUGGCAUAUUCAAGGCAGACUGAAAGAUUCCAGUUUAGUUGACUCGAGAUAGAAUAUUACAUAUGUAUCUGUAACCUGAAGAGUUGUUGCAUGUUUGAAGAUUAUCAUUGAAUUAAUCAUGAAUAUAAAUACAUCCCAUAUGAAGCUUAUUUUGUUUUCGGAACAGCUUUGCUAUGUUAGAGAAAGUUAGUAUUAACUAGAGGUAGUUAUUCUUAACAUGCUUUGAAGUAAUUUUCACGCAAGCUCUUAUACAUGUUUAUGAAAUAUUUGAUGAAUUUUCUCAGAAUGCUCUUCAAAGUGCAGAAUAAUACAUCAAUUAUUUUUGGGAUUUGUUUUUUUCCAUAUUAUACAAAACUCAGGUAGAAACAGGCAAAUAUAUGACAAUCUGGUCAACCCUUUAGUGGGACAGGUACAUUUCCUGAAAACAUUUCCAGUAACAUACUGUCAGACAAUAUUUCAGGACACUUGUCAGUAAAGAAACAGUUGACCUUUCACAGUCAGAUAAUUUUUGGGCUUGUCUGUGGCUUAUGAGACCUCAUAUUUCUCAAUGGAUAUAUUUGGGAAAAACUGAAAAACUACCAAUUGCUACCAAAGCUAUACAAUGAGAAACCUGUUAGUAGUAGAGAGUUGGGCUACCAGUUGUCUUCACUGGAAUACAGUUUAGCGAGUUGAUAAGCUCAUCAGGGAAUCAGAUCUUUCCUUAUAUUUGUCUUGUCACUUGUCAGUAUGUGAGAGAAUGACACUCUUUGACAAUGUUGGAAUAAGUUUAUUUAGUCAAUCAGCAAUAAAUUAGCUCAUACAUGGUUCUUCACUGAUGCUUAUUAAACCCGUGUGUGUACAGAUCAAGUACCGGUAAGUACAACUGUCUCUCUCUUCAUCUAUCUGUCGACACUGAAUACUAAAAACUCAAUUU